CUCCGGGAGGCGGAAGAGCUGCGGGCGCGGGAGGGUUGUAGAGUUGCAAGUUGAGCUCGAGUUGCGGGUCUUUAAGUGGUCGCGCCCCCUUGGAGAACGCGACCUGACGGCUAGGCGGUCCUGGCUCUUCCGCCUCGCGGUGUUUGUAAAGUGCUGACCCCUGAACAUAGUUGAAACAAAAUAGGAAGAUGGCAGCAAACCCUUCAGGACAAGGAACCGUGAGAGCUAGAACGAAGUCAAGUUGAGGCACAUCGUUGCGUUCUUAGCAUCUGCCUUAGCGCCGUAUGUUUUCAAAACAAAAAUAGAGUUGCAAUCUUGGCAGAACUGGACAAAGAAAAAAGAAAGUUACUAAUGCAGAACCAAUCUUCAACAAAUCAUCCUGGAGCUAGCAUUGCGCUCUCGAGACCCGCCCUCAACAAGGACUUCCGGGACCACGCUGAGCAGCAGCAUAUUGCAGCCCAGCAGAAGGCAGCUUUGCAGCAUGCGCAUGCACAUUCAUCAGGAUACUUCAUAACUCAAGAUUCUGCAUUUGGGAAUCUCAUUCUUCCUGUUUUACCUCGCCUUGACCCAGAAUGAAGAAAGCAUUUGUAACGGAAGUGACUUUGUAACAUCAAAUGCCAAAGCUACUACCAUUCAGUGCUAUACAGACUGUGACUUCCAGAAUUUCGGUGGACUUUUUUUUAUAUGUUUUGUUUCUUUAAAAGAAAGAUAUGUGUAAGUGAAAGCAAAAAAAGAAGGCUGACCAGGAUGAUGAAAGCUCUGGAAGCUGUAUUAUCUGGGAACUGAUGCUGCUGCUCAGGACUAUAAUCUGUGUGUAAGGCAGUUUGAUUUUUAAUUCUGAAUCAGACCCCAAAUUGGAUGUGGGCACAUAACCCACCUUCCAAACUAGUUGGACUGAAUAUAUCAUGUCUACAGUAGAGUUUCAAGAACCAUUUAAAGUACUUUAUAAACAAAUGAGGGUGCUUUUUAAAAAUGUGAACCAAUAGGCUUAAGCUACAUUCACAUUUGCUGUUUAUAGAAUUGAUAUCAGUGUACCUUUUGUGUUUAUAGUCAUCAUAUCCUAAAAUAUCCUUUAACUAGUUUCCCUAGUCUCAACUUUAAAAGAAAACCCAAGAUGCGAGUAAGUUACCAGCCAGUCGUAAAUACCUUUUAUAAACCUAUGCCACUGUAAAUUAUGUGACUAAAUGCUAUUAAAAAUAACAAGAAAUAUAGCUUUAAA